CUUAUCUCUGUACGUGAGUAAUAUAGGGAGCAGUAGUUUUAUAGGUCUGGCAGGAGCAGCAAGUGCCAACGGUAUAGCGGUGGUCUGCUACGAGUUGUCGGGUUUGUUCUGUAUUCUGCUCCUGGGGUUCUUCUUCGUCCCUGUAUAUAUAUCUGCUGGGGUCUAUACCAUGCCGGAGUAUCUUCUGAAGCGGUUCGGCAGUCAGCGUCUGGAGGUCUAUCUCGCCGUCCAGAACCUGCUCCUGUUCGCUUUCACCAAGCUGUCGGCGGAGAUAUUUGCGGGGACUGUGAUCGUGAAGGAAGUCCUGGGCUGGGACCAGAUGCUCUCAGUGUUGUUGCUUAUGGUGGCAACUGCUUUGUACACUGUGUUAGGUGGUCUGGCGGCAGUCAUUUACACGGAUGCCUUGCAAACCUUUGUUUUGCUGAUAGGAGCUGUGAUCUUAGCCGUCAUAGCUAUGGUCCGUGUCGGCGGCUACGGUGCCAUGGAGGCCGGUUACAUGCUGUCUGUUCCCAAUGCAACCAAAUACCUGAAUACUACCUGUGGCCUACCUGAGCCGGACGCCUUCCACAUCCUGCGCGAGGCUACUGACCCCAACUACCCGUGGACAGGGGUGGUUUUUGGGGCCACGGUCUUGUCGUCAUGGUACUUCUGUACUGACCAGGUGUUGGUCCAGAGGACCCUCUCAGCCAGGAACACCCUGCAUGCCAAAGCGGGAUCUAUACUGGCAGCCUACCUCAAGGUACUGCCUCUGUUCCUGAUGGUUUGGCCAGGGAUGAUCAGCAGGGUGCUAUUCACAGACGACGUGGCCUGCUCCACUCCAGAAGAAUGUAAUCGUGUGUGUGGCAAUGCCAAUGGAUGUGCUAAUAUAGCAUACCCCAAACUAGUGCUGGAACUCAUGCCCACAGGUCUGAGAGGUUUGAUGCUGGCCGCCAUGUUGGCCGCUCUGAUGAGUUCCUUGACGUCCAUUUUUAACAGCGGUAGUACCGUGUUCACCAUCAACGUCUGGAAGAAGAUCAGGAAAAACGCAUCAGAGUGGGAGCUGAUGAUAGUGGGGCGGGUAUUUGUCCUUGUCUUCAUUGGGUUCAGCGUUGUGUGGCUGCCCAUUGUAGGGGGCGCUAAAGACGGUCAACUGUUCAACUACCUCCAGUCCAUUGCCUCGUACCUGGCGCCACCUAUACUAGCCUGCUUUGGUCUUGGUGUUGCUUGGAAAAGGAUAAAUGAACCGGGUGCGUUUUGGGGAAUGAUGGUUGGGCUCGUCUUGGGUCUGGCCAGGAUGAUUGCUGAUUUCGCCUUACCAGCGCCUCCUUGCGGUCUACCAGACAGUCGUCCUUGGAUCUUGAAGGAUUUUCAUUACCUAAACUACGCCUUUGCCUUAUUCAUUGUUUGUAUUAUU